AAAGAAAACCUAAUGUUUAUCUUCCACCGUCUACCUACACUUGUCAAAAACAAGUCGAAUUGGGCUUGUAUUUAGAAUAAUCGUAGAUAUUACUAGAUUUAUUCCUAUAAAAAUUUAUAACUUAUAAAAUCUUUCUCAAAAUGACAACUGAAAAAGCUGUUUUGUCUCCAAAAUUUUCUGCUGGUCCGCAUGGAUUAGGCGACCCAGAGGAUAGAAGUCUUAGAAAAGUCGAGAUAGAAGUAUUGAUACCGAAACUAAUGCGAGAAAAAGCUAAAACUGAGAAAUGUACAGAGCAAGUAAGAGCAUUUGAAAAAUGCUGCAAAGAAUCUUCAUUGUUAAUGGUAGUUACUUGUAGAAAACAAAAUGCAGCCAUGAAAGACUGCUUAACUAAUUGGUAUAGAAAUGACGAGUUUAGAAACAUUUGUACUGAAGAAUACUUGAAGAAACGAAGUGAAUAUAGACAAACCGGCAUCAAAAACCCUAUAAAGAGGGCCUGAAAUCCUAAAACUUUGUGUAGUUAUGUGUUUAGUGUAAAUAUUAAAUAAAUUUGUUUAAUUAACAUCAUCAUUUAA